AACAGUGUUAAAAGUAACUUCAGCAUACCAAGACUUCAGUAGUGACAACAUACACUUAUCGGCUACACAAUACUAUGUAUUUUUUUAGUUUUUACUCGUGGAGGGUAUAAAAGACGACAAAACACAAUAGCACUGGGGGCAGUGUGCUUCUUCCACACAGGCGUUGACUUUGGAUCUUAUAUUGUAGGGUACAUACACGUUGGCCAGGAGGGGUUACACGCAUAAACACACUGGGACAGGUACUUCUCACGUUCGUUCAAUACCUUAUGUUUAUACUCGCGUCUCCGACAAUAGAGCGCUCACACACAAGACUGCCCCGGACGAGUCUCAUCCUUCGCCAGUCGACUUUGGCACCUCCUCAGCCGCAGUUUUCCCGCUGUCGUCGUCGCCCGCACACGUAUUUACACAUUCACACGCACACUCACAUUAUGACUGCCGGCAAACGCAUAGGAGGAGCGUUAGCAGUGAUCGCAGCAUUGUCAUGUUAUGCAGCAGGUCAAAGAAUUACAACAAUUCAAUUAGAUGGAACUCAGUAUUACAUUAGUAGAAUGAACCCAUACUCAGCCGAGUUAAAUUAUUUUUUAGCUUAUGAAUACUGUAGAUCAAUUGGUUUACAAUUAGCAUCGUUUGAAACAUUGGAAAAAACAUCUUCAAUAACAGAUUUUUUAAAAAAUGCAGGUUAUCAUAAAUUUGACUAUUGGACGUCUGGUAAUCGCUUGGGUACCGAUAUGCUGAUUUGGAUGUCUACUGGAUUACCUUUCAAUACAACAUUUAAUCUUAUGAAACAACAAUCAGCAAAUGGUGGCUUAGAUACUGAUGAAAUGAGCGUUAAGCCUUCUUUACCUAUAGCCAGGAAAAAGAGUAUGUCUUUCAGGGGUGACAGUGGAUCCAGAGAUGGAUGCGUAGCACUUAAAGCUCCAACAAUGGAUUGGGUAACUGCCGAUUGUACAGAUUUGAAGGAUUUUAUUUGCGAACAGACUAGGUGCUAUUAUUACAACUAUGGAUCAAUACCAGUAUCCUCCAGCCAGGGCUUUGGUAUAAAAUCAAGACCAACCAUAAACUCGCUCUUUUCAUCAUCUCAUCGCGAGGAAUAUUCCUCUUCCACUACUACACCUACAACUUUAUCUUCCACGACUACUACAGAAAGCUACGAAGAACAUAACAAUGUUCAGAAUACAGACAACUCUUUAAUAUCCCCUGGAUCUGAAACAGAAGCCAUAGUUACAGAAUUACCUACCAGUACCACAGAAGCAAAUUCACAAGAAAUACAAACAACAUUACAAUAUAAUGAUGAAUCAGAAACGGUAUCCGAUAAUUCGUAUACCACUAUGCUCCCAACACUAAUUCAGCUGCAUAAUCAACAACAACAAGAAGAUCACCAACAAGAUUCACAAAGUGAAGAUCAAGUUCAGCCAGAACAACAAGAAAGAACAAACGCAUUUGCAUUUGAAUCUUUAGAAAAAGCGUUUGCUACAUCGGUACCACAUAAAAUUCGAGCCACGAAGGAUCUAGAACAAUCAAAAAAUAAUGAUAGUGAACAAUUACCGUGGUCUUGGCCUAAAGAUAUUCUACUUCAGAAACCAGUUUUAAAGAAAUCAUCACAAGAAGUUUAGUUUCUACUUUUCAUAAUUGUAAUAAUUUAAAUUUGGUAUAAAGCUAUUUUCCAAAGACAUAACAAAAAAAUGAUUAAGUGUCUUAGUAAUUUUACAUCAAAAUCAAAAACAUUUAAUAACUAUCUUUUAUAGACUAUGUAGCUCUCUUUGAUUGUCUGUCACCGUAAACCAUGCUACAAUUUAAAAAUGUAAUGUAUAAAUAUUAAAAUUGCACGUAGUAGCCCAACUGUCAAGUAGUGGUUAGUAAUUCAUUAUUUUAAUGUGAUCAUUUUAUUUGUAAUUAAAAAAUAUAUAGUGAGUUAUUAAUACUUUAAACUAUGAACAAAUAAUAUUGAUAGAAUAUUGAAAGAAAAACUUCAUAUCAAAUUGAGUACACAAUUUGUACUGUAAUGUUAUGAUUUUUUUUUCGAUUUUUAUCAAUUUAUUCGAAUUUUUUGUAAAUAUUUAUAUUUAAUUUUUUUAUAUAUAAAUAAAAU